GGUGCCUGCGCCUGUCAGCGCAGGCGCGGGGCGGCGUCAUGGACAGGCUGAGGCGGUCGCUGCGGGACAGCUUCCGGCGGAAGCAGUACCUUCCGGCCGAGUCCGGGCCCCGACAAUGGCAGGGCGACGAGGCCGCCGUCAAGAAAGGCAUCUGCUCCUUCCACGUCAAGUACCUCGGCUGUGUUCAGGUCUACGAGUCCCGAGGCAUGCAGGUCUGUGAAGACGCUCUCAAACUGCUCAAGUCCCAGAGACGCCGCCCGCUGCGCAGUGUCCUCUUCAUCUCGGGAGAUGGUCUGCGCGUUGUGGAUGAUGAGACCAAGGGUCUAUUGGUGGAUCAGACAAUCGAGAAGGUGUCGUUCUGCGCGCCAGACCGUAACAACGAGCGGGGUUUCUCUUACAUCUGCCGGGACGGCACCACGCGCCGCUGGAUGUGCCAUGGCUUCAUAGCCACCCGAGACUCGGGACCGGACCAGUUGGUGACGGGGGAGCGUCUGAGCCACGCGGUCGGAUGCGCGUUCGCCAUCUGUCUGGAGCGGAAGCAGAGGCGGGACAGCGAGUGUUCGGUGACGAUGACGGUGGACCCGGACACGUCCAGCUUCACCCGGUUCGGCAGCUUCCGGCAGGCGUCCAUCACUGAGCGGCUCACCGACCCGCAGGAGUGCAAGCCGGCAGAGCCGGUACCGGUGCGGCCUGUGACGAACCCGUUCGCGGUGGAGCGGCCGCACGCGCCGGUCGCAAUGUUCGAGCGCCAGGGCAGCCUGCGGGUGCACGGCCGGCUGGCCGAGGUGUCGCCCUUCAAGCGGCAGCACUCGCUGCGGCUGGACGACCUGCCCUCGACGCUGGAGCGUCAGGGCCGGGUGCCCGGCCCCGCCGGCGUCGGCGUGGCGCCUAUUGCUGAGGUCCCUUCAACAGCCGAGCAAGAGGAGACGAACGUCACUCUGCUCUGCAGGGAGCUGGCGCAGGGGCUGGACGUCCUAUCUGCUGGCCAACAGAGGGCGCCCGACGAUGAGCACACUCCCAGGCCAGACGAGUGGCUCAACUCGCUGACCAACGGACCGUCGCUGGCGGCGGCCGCGGCCGUCCACCGGCACGGCCGCUCGUACUCGCUCGCCUCCGACUCCCUGAUCUCGAGCGGCGGCGGCUGGGCGACCUCGGGACCGCCCUGGGGUACCGCCACCAAUCCAUUUAUAGGCGGCGCCACCGUCAAAACGUUCGAGUUGCAGAUGUAG